UUUUAGGAAAUUCUUGUCUCUCCCUGGCUCUGUGGGCCACGGGACAUUGUCUUGGUCUUCCUAGAGAAGGAACGUCCCAGAAAGUACAGCUGUGGAAAGUAAAGAGAAGCGAGAGGGGCCCGGGUGGAAAUGCCCUCCCACGAGUGAAGUGGGGCUUGUGUUCCGGCUCCCCAGUUGGGACGUCCCAGAUGGCACCAGCGCAGCCCUGUUCUCAACCAGAACCCCGAAAAAGACCCAGCCAGCCAAGCCGACGGCGGGCUCAGCCGAAGCUCUGGUCUAAGAGUGAGGUUCCUGUCCCCCAGGAGACGAGAGCUUGCCGUAACGCUGUGAACUCCAACAGAAGAAAAGGUCUCAGGGCACCCGCAGGGGGGUGUUGGGGUCGUGCGCGUGGGCUCAGAAACCGGGUCUGCCUUGUCCGGGACGAGACCUCGGGAAGACUGCUCUGCCCCUCCCAGCUUCGGUCUCUCCGUGGGUUUCAAUGGAGUUAAGAGAGAGUGUGAGCUAGACUAGACCACGGCUGCCUGGCGCUCACCGAAUAUCGGGCACAGGUUCCCAACCCCACAGCUAGAGCCGAGAGUCCCCUCACGCCCACGGCCCCGGAUCCGCGCCAACCCCAGAAGCCCACCAGAAACUCCCCUAACGCGUCAUUCCUGCGCGCCGGGAGGCGGGCCCCCGUAAAGGAUGCGGAAGUCACUGAAGGGGCCACUGGGGAGUGUAGUCUUUGAUGCAGAGGCGUUACCGAAGGGAUCACGGCACGGCGGAGAGCUUCACCCGGGACCCUCUACAUGUUUUGUGAACAUGGUUUUAAGAAAAAAGAGGGGGAAAUCUACGUGCCACCGUGGUCAUUCACCGUGACCGGAGCACGUUACCCACACCCUGCUCCCUUGGAGGCCAGUAGGAACUGCAGGCCGUCAGCGCGCUUCUAGUUACGCCGAGCAUCCUGGGAGGUGUGGUCGCGGCGCGGUGCCGAGGAUUCUGGGUAGUGUAGUCCUGGCUCCUCGCUGGAGUAGAUGCCCAGCUGGUGGCUGGAGUGACCCCUUGUUCUUUGGUGGCGCUGGUGAGUGAGGCUCCCGCGGGACCCUUAGGGCAACCGUGUCCUUCCCUGCCCGGAAAGAUCUGCCUUUUGAGAUAUCAUCCUUCUUUAGGGAUACCAGGAAAAAUGGCCACAGGGUCCCGGAAAGCCAGGGUGAUGGCACACAUGGCAUUCAGAGAUGUGGCUGUGGAUUUCACCCAGGAGGAGUGGCUGCUGCUGAGUCCUGCUCAGAGGUCCCUGUACAGGGAGGUGAUGCUGGAGAACUACAGCAACCUGGUCUCACUGGGAAUUGCAUUUUCUAAACCAAAACUCAUCACCCAGCUGGAGCAAGGGAAGGAAACCUGGAGAGAGGAGACACAAGGCCCACCAGCCACCUGUCCAGCAGAAGCAAAGCCAGAACUCCACCUCUGUCCCUUCUGCCCUCCGGAUUUCUCCAGUCAGAAAGUCCACAUGCAGCGCGUGCUGUGUAAUCAUCCCCCCUGGAUCUUCACAUGCUCAUGUCCAGAAGAUCACGUCCAGCCAGGGGAUCCGUGCCCGGGGGACCAGAAGGAGCAGCCACAAGCCUCUGGUCAAAGUUCCUGGAGUGAUAGAGGAGAAGGUCAAGAGAGAGAAAGUACCAAACCUUUGUUUGGAAAGACGAAGAAAAGGACUUUAGGAGCAUUGUCCAGGCCACCCCAAAGGCAGCCAGUCAGCUCUAGGAACGGCGUUAGAGGCGUGGAGAUAGAGGCCAGCCCAGCUCAGACGGGGAGCCCCGAGGAAACAGACACAUUGUUGAAGAGGAUAGAAGUCUUAGGGUUUGGAACAGUCAAUUGUGGAGAGUGUGGACUCGGCUUCAGCAAGAUGACAAACCUGCUCAGUCACCAGAGGAUACACUCGGGGGAGAAGCCUUAUGUGUGCGGGGUGUGUGAGAAGGGUUUUAGUCUCAAGAAGAGCCUUGCCAGACACCAGAAGGCCCACUCGGGGGAGAAGCCUAUUGUGUGCAGGGAAUGUGGACGAGGAUUUAACCGGAAGUCAACACUCAUCAUACACGAGAGGACACACUCAGGCGAAAAGCCUUAUAUGUGCAGUGAGUGUGGGCGAGGCUUUAGUCAGAAGUCAAACCUCAUCAUACACCAGAGGACACACUCGGGGGAGAAGCCCUAUGUGUGCCGGGAGUGUGGGAAAGGCUUCAGCCAGAAGUCAGCUGUCGUUAGACACCAGCGGACACACUUAGAGGAGAAGACCAUCGUGUGCAGCGAUUGUGGACUAGGCUUCAGUGAUAGGUCGAACCUCAUCUCACACCAGAGAACGCACUCGGGAGAGAAACCUUAUGCCUGCAAGGAGUGUGGGCGAUGCUUUAGGCAGAGGACCACGCUUGUCAACCACCAGAGGACACACUCAAAGGAGAAGCCUUAUGUGUGUGGAGUGUGUGGGCACAGCUUUAGCCAGAAUUCAACCCUCAUCUCACACAGGCGGACACACACUGGGGAGAAGCCUUAUGUGUGUGGGGUGUGUGGGCGAGGCUUUAGUCUGAAGUCACACCUCAACAGACACCAGAACAUACACUCAGGGGAUAAGCCCAUUGUGUGCAAGGACUGUGGGCGAGGCUUCAGCCAGCAAUCAAAUCUCAUCAGACACCAGAGGACACACUCAGGGGAAAAGCCUAUGGUGUGUGAGGAGUGCGGGCGAGGCUUCAGCCAGAAGUCAAACCUCAUUGCACACCAGAGGACACACUCAGGGGAAAAGCCGUAUGUGUGCAGGGAGUGUGGGCGAGGCUUCAGCCACCAGGCGGGUCUCAUCAGGCACAAGAGGAAACACUCGAGGGAGAAGCCUUACACAUGCAGGCAGUGUGGGCUAGGCUUUAGCAAUAAGUCGGCCCUAAUCACACACAAAUGGGCACACUCAGAAGAGAAGCUGUGUGUGUGCAGAGAGUGCGGCCAAGGCUUUAUCCAAAAGUCACACCUCGUCUUACAUCAGAUGACACACCAGGGGGAGAAGCUUUACGUGUGCAAGACGUGUGGGCAAGGCUUCAGCCAGAAGUCUCACCUCAGUAGACACAGGAGGAUGAAAUCUGUCCACCAGAGACCACCACCCCACCCGGCCUCUGAGGCCUGUUCCGGACAAUCGUCUGACCCCUUACACUCUCUUUGAAAGUGAAGAUGGCGGUGAGGACUAAAUAAUCACACUUUUUACACUUUCAUGAAAUGGAGUAGAAAAAUGCAUUCCGUAAGUGAUCAAAGGACAUUUGACCUAGUUUACUUUCUUCACACUAAGUCUUCAUGUUUUGUGGCCUUUUGUUCCAAUAAA